AUGUUGGAGAAUAGAACAGAAGUAACUGAAUUCAUCCUGCUAGGACUAACUGAUGCCCCAGAGCUACAGGUUCCCCUGUUUAUCUUGUUCACUCUCAUCUACAUCAUCAAUGUGUUUGGAAACCUGGGGAUGAUUGUGCUGAUUCUCUGUGACUCUCGUCUCCACACUCCCAUGUACUUCUUCCUUGGUCAUCUGUCUCUGACUGACUUUUGUUACUCCUCAGCUGUCAUCCCCACAGUCAUGGCUGAACUCCUUACAGGAAACACAGUUAUCUCCUACAAUGCUUGCAUUGCUCAAAUGUUUAUUUUUGGAGGCUUUGGCAGUGUGGAAAAUUUACUCUUAGCAUCAAUGGCCUAUGACCGCUAUGCAGCAGUGUGUAAACCCCUACAUUACACCACCACCAUGACAACAAGUGUGUGUGUGUGCCUGACCAUGGGUUCCUAUGUCUGUGGUUUCCUGGUUAUCUCUAUUCAUGUUGGGGAAACAUUCAGUCUCUCUUUCUGCAAGUCCAACGUGGUCCAUCACUUUUUCUGUGAUUCUCCAGCAAUCAUGGCUCUCUCUUGCUCUGACAAACAUUUUAAUGAGCUGGUUAAUGUUUAUGCAGCCAGCUCCAUUAUCUUUUUUGCACUCCUAGUUAUCUUGAUAUCCUACCUGUUCAUAUUUAAUACCAUCAUAAAGAUGCGCUCAGCCACAGGAUACCAGAAGGCUUUGUCUACUUGUGCUUCCCAUCUCACUGCCCUCUGUAUGUUCUAUGGGACUAUUAUCUUCAUGUAUGUACUCCCCACUUCCAGUCAUUCCAUGGACACAGACAAAAUUACAGCUGUGUUCUAUACUAUGGUCGUUCCCAUGCUGAAUCCUGUGGUCUACAGCUUCAGGAAUAAAGAGGUGAAGGGUGCAUUCAAGAAGGUAGUUGAGAAGACAAAACUGUCUCUAGGACUAUGA